GAGUCGACUCAGCCGUGAAAGAAGCAUUACUAUGGACUUGCCACGCCUCUUAUCUGCCUCAGAUUGGAGUGGGAGAAAUGGGACCCGACUCACUAAAACGGUCAACAAAAUGUCACUGGAAGAUUAUGAGCGACAUUAUGCGUCUCUUUCGGACUCGGGCUGUGAGUCAGUGAGCGGCGCCCCGGCCCCAGCCCCGGCCCCUGGCCUGUUCAGCGGCGAGGAGGAGAAGUUACACUACAUUCCCAUCAGGGUGCUGGGCAAAGGGGCUUUUGGGGAAGCCACCUUAUACAGACGCACAGAGGAUAAUUCCUUGGUGGUUUGGAAGGAGAUUGAGCUGACCGGUCUCUCGGAUAAAAAGCGUCGAGAUGUCAUGAAUGAAAUCAGCAUUCUGUCCAUUCUCCAGCAUAACAAUAUCAUAGCGUAUUACAACCACUUCAUGGACAAAAACACCCUGCUGAUUGAGCUGGAGUACUGCAACGGUGGAAAUCUGUAUGACAAAAUUAACCAACAGAAAGGACAACUCUUUACACAGGAGGUUGUUAUAUGGUAUCUUUUCCAAAUUGCAUCAGCUGUGGCUCAUAUUCAUAAAGCUGGUGUUCUGCAUAGAGACAUAAAAACAUUAAAUAUCUUCCUCACCAAGACGAACUUAAUAAAGCUAGGAGACUAUGGUUUGGCCAAGAAGCUGGAUUCAGAGUAUUCGAUGGCAGAGACAUGUGUCGGCACUCCAUACUACAUGUCACCGGAGCUUUGUCAAGGGGUCAAGUACAACUUUAAAUCAGACAUCUGGGCCAUGGGCUGCGUUUUAUUUGAGCUUCUGACUCUCACCAGGACCUUCGAUGCAACGAAUCCUCUGAACCUGUGUGUGAAGAUCGUCCAAGGCAACUUUACUAUGGAGAUGAACUCGGAUGUUUAUUCACCAGAGCUCAGUGAGAUAGUCUAUGCAUGCUUAGAUCAGGAUCCAGAGAAGAGACCUACAGCUGAUCAGAUUCUUGACUGGCCUAUCAUCUCCUGUGAUAAACAGAAGUUUGAGGGGCGUGUGGCUGCACUGAAUUCAGCUUCAAAGAAGCCCAGGCUGAGCACCGUAUCAGACACUCCAGUUGCUGUAGUAACCACCCGUUCAAGAGAGGUGCAUUUCUGGGGAGGAGGGAAGUUCACCCCUCAGAAACUGGACGUGUUUAAGGGUGGCACUAGUGCUCAGCAAGUGUGUGCAGGGGAGACGCAUUUCGCUGUGGUUACUGUGGAGAAAGAGCUUUACACUUGGGCUAGUGUGCAAGGUGGUGCUAAAAUGGUAGGCCAGCUUGGGCAUGGGGAUCAGGCCUCAUACCGACAACCUCGCAAGGUAGAACGUCUGCAGGGAAAAGCCAUCAGACAGGUGUCUUGUGGGGCAGACUUUACUGCCUGUAUAACUGACGAGGACCAAAUGUACAUGUUUGGCUCAGACUAUUAUGGCUGUAUAGGUGUGGAGAAUGAGAUGGGUAUGGAGGUUCUUGAGCCGGUUCUGCUGGAGUUCUUUCAGGAACGACCAGUGCGACAGGUGUCCUGUGGAGACAACCAUGUGGUAGUGUUGACGCACGGUGGAAGCAUCUAUUCCUGGGGCUGCGGAGAACAUGGUAGACUUGGCCUGGACUGUGAGGACGACUUUGCCUCGCCUAUGCUCGUGGAAGUACCAAAGGGUGCCUGUAUUGACUCAGUCUGUUGUGGCAACGAUGGAACGUUUUUCCUUACAGAGUCUGGAAAAGUCUUGACCUGUGGAAACAACGAGUUUAACAAGCUAGGUCUCAAUCAAGGCAUUACUGGUAUCAAGAACCACCCUGGGGAGGGUUGUCAGGAUAUACCGUACACAACAACUCUGACUUUAGUAAAGCUGCUUGCCCGCUUUAAGAUCCAAAUCAUUGCCCCUGGGAAGACCCAUACAGCAGCCAUCGAUGAACGGGGGCGUCUGAUGACGUUUGGCUGUAAUAAAUAUGGCCAGCUUGGUGUAAAGGACUUUAAGAAACAUCAAGGGGUUCAGCUGCUUUUAGGACCCUUUGGGGGAAAAGUUGUCUCCAAAGUAUCCUGCGGAGAUGGCUUCACAAUUGCUGCCACAGAGGAUAAUCAAAUCUUUGCCUGGGGAAAUGCAGGAAAUGGACGUUUAGGCAUGCCUGCUGAUCGAGGAUUUGGCUCUGAGGUUUGCCCUGCUCUUCCCCGCCCCAUAUUUGGUUCCCUACAUCAUGUACCUGACUUGUCGUGCAGGGGUUGGCACACAAUCAUUGUCGUGGAAAAGCUGCUUAACUCCAAAACAAUUCGUUCAAACAGUAGUGGAUUGUCCAUUGGAAGUGGGAUAGGUCCGAGCCCUGGCUCCUCUAUGGACUUGGAUAUUGAGUCUGGAUCAGACUCUGAGCUGCGAGAGGGCAUUAUGGGAGGCACUGUGGAGGUUGACCUGGAGGAGAGAGGUCCUGAGACUCCGUCAGUUGUCUUGAUGGAGAGCAAGACUAAUGAGAGUUCUUGUCCAUCUUGGCUCCGUAAAGAGCUGCAGGAUGCAGAAUUCAUUCCCAUGCCUGAUGGCUCUAGAGAUUCCAUGUCUAGCCCUCUGGCUACGCCCUUCACAGAACGUGCCACGCUCCCAUAUUCAGAGCUUCAAGAACUAAAGGCAGCUGCUGCAGCUGCUGCUAGUGGGAAUGGCUUCAUGCAAACAGUAUGGGUAGACUAUGAGAGCAUAAAUGGCUUGGACUCUGGAGCUUGGAAGAAAAGUAACCUGCCACAACAAUGUGCACAACAGACCUGCUGCCAAGCGAGCAGUGAGCUUGCACAGCUCAAAGAAAUGGUGAAAAAGCAAGACGCAACAAUCCAGCAGUUAAAGAAACAGUAUAAUGACCAGCUCCAAGAGAACGAGAGACUGCGGAAAGUCAUUAAUGACCUCAAAGAAGGAGCUGAUCAUUGUGACAAGAGCAACCACCAAGGGUGCCUACCUGAUGAUGAGGAGAGAUGAGGAAGGGGGGAGGACAACAAGAAUCAAGGAUGAACGUAUUUACGAGUUGAGAGAUCCACAUUUGCUGAAGCAUCACAUCAUGUGUAACAUCAAUGAAUUAUGAGGGUAUCAUAAAGCUGCAUAUACACAGCCUAGAAGCCAGGUACAUUUUACUUGCUUUUUAUUCAGAGUUUUUAGUUGUACCUAUAAGUUAGUUAUAGUGCUUCGUGUUAUUGUAUCAUGUCUUGGACUUUGGUUUUAUGGGAGAAGUGGAGCAUUUAAAGUGCUGAUGACACGAGCAUGACUCUAUGCAAUUUCUUAAAUAAACUAUACAACAUGGCAAACAUGUUAGAUUUCUGUUAUAAUUACGUGAAAAGAAGCUGUUGUUACGCGAAUAUCCAACUUUUAAUUGCACAGCGCAAGAAAACUGGGUCUGUGGCUCGCGGCCAUGUUGUGACGUCAGCGGAAGAACACGCUGCGGUUCACUGGCUGUUCUACUCUGGUUCUACUCAAUGGAAAUGGUGCAUGAAAACGCCGGUGAACUCUCUAGUGCUAGCUCUUCCUCUUCUGGGAGUCUAGAAUUGUGUUGAUCUCUUCCGAAUAGAAUCUAUGAUAGCCUACCCUCUUUACCCUUUGCCUCUCGUUGCUAGGCGGCGGUUACAUGAAAGCCGCAAGCUUUCACAAGCAAAUGCAUGACUGAUAUCACGCCGACUUUAUGAUUACAUUUAUGAUUAUCAUGUAGAAUCUAUAGCUCUACGUACCUUUAUCUUAUGUCGUUUCACAACACAUGUUCUGACAGGAGGACUGUCUUUGGAUCCGGCAUAGCUACUAGUAGACCCCCUCCGGAAUACUGGCAGUGUUGCCAGAUUAGGAGGUUUCCCGCCCAGUUGGGCGGUUUCAAGUGCAUUUUGGUGGGUUUUGAACAU